GGGUCUGGCCGCUGUUGGGGCUCUGCGUUGUUUUGGAACAAGUUCCAGAAGGGAGGCCGCUGCUGGGGGUCGGAGAGUCGCCAGCCUGCGCGCACUGGGGGCUACACCGGGCGCGACUCGACGUCGCCGCUGUUGGUCCUGUGCCCUCUCUCCUCCCCAGGGAACCGCCUCGGAUCUCCGCCAUGGCGUCCACCUCGCCCAACCUCCAGAAAGCGAUAGAUCUUGCUAGCAAAGCAGCCCAAGAAGACAAAGCUGGAAACUAUGAGGAAGCCUUUCAACUCUACCAACAUGCUGUGCAGUAUUUUCUCCACGUAGUUAAAUAUGAAGCACAGGGUGAUAAGGCCAAGCAGAGUAUCAGGGCAAAGUGUACAGAAUAUCUUGAUAGAGCAGAAAAGCUAAAGGAAUACCUGAAAAAGAAAGAGAAAAAACCACAGAAGCCAGUGAAAGAGGGGCAGCCGAGUCCAGCCGAUGAGAAGGGGAAUGACAGUGAUGGGGAAGGAGAAUCUGAUGAUCCUGAAGCAAAGAAACUACAGAAUCAACUUCAAGGUGCCAUUAUUAUGGAGCGACCUGAUGUGAAAUGGAGCGAUGUUGCUGGUCUUGAAGGAGCCAAAGAAGCACUUAAAGAGGCUGUGAUAUUGCCUAUUAAAUUUCCUCAUCUUUUUACGGGCAAGAGAACACCUUGGCGGGGAAUCCUCUUAUUUGGGCCACCUGGAACAGGAAAGUCCUAUUUAGCCAAAGCUGUAGCCACAGAAGCAAACAACUCAACAUUCUUUUCAAUACAUUCCUCCCACCUUGUUUCCAAAUGGCUAGGUGAAAGUGAAAAGCUAGUUAAGAACUUAUUCCAACUUGCCAGAGAGAAUAAACCUUCCAUUAUCUUCAUCGAUGAGAUCGAUUCUCUCUGUGGCUCAAGGAGUGAAAAUGAAAGCGAGGCCGCACGUAGAAUUAAGACGGAGUUCCUAGUUCAAAUGCAAGGUGUUGGUGUGGACAAUGAGGGGAUUUUGGUUCUGGGAGCUACAAAUAUACCCUGGGUUCUGGAUUCUGCCAUUAGGCGAAGAUUUGAGAAACGAAUUUAUAUUCCUCUGCCUGAGGCCCAUGCGCGAGCUGCAAUGUUUAAACUGCACUUGGGUACUACUCAGAACACUCUAACAGAAACAGACUUCAGAGAGCUCGGCAAGAAAACUGAGGGUUACUCAGGGGCAGACAUAAGUGUCAUUGUGCGGGAUGCACUUAUGCAGCCUGUGAGAAAAGUACAGUCGGCCACUCAUUUUAAAAAGGUUCGAGGACCUUCACGAGCUGAUCCUAACAACAUAGUGGAUGAUCUGUUAACGCCCUGUUCUCCCGGGGACCCUGGUGCCGUUGAGAUGACAUGGGUGGAUGUCCCUGGGGACAAACUUUUGGAGCCAAUUGUUUCCAUGGCGGAUAUGUUACGGUCACUAUCUAGCACAAAACCCACAGUCAAUGAACAUGACUUGCUGAAAUUAAAGAAGUUUUCUGAAGAUUUUGGCCAAGAAGGCUAAACCAAAGAUGAGGAAGACGUUUACCAUGAGUGUUCUUUCUGACAGGCAUUUUUGCCUUUCUUGGACAGCAUUCAGAUUAUUUCCAGUAAAACACUUUUAUCACAGGGAAACAUAGAUCUCACUUCAGCGUUCCUCUAUGUUUUACAUGUAUUUUUGUUCUAUUACCAAUUAAAUGCUCUUAUUAACAAAAAUUAUGAAAUAAUGGGCUCUGAGGAAAUGAGUGAUACAUGAAUGGCAAAACAGAAGUUACCCAGUAAAAAAAAUGGUUAAAAUUGAUUGAAAUACAAAUAUUUUAAAUUCUUAUGAAUAGUGGUCUUUGUAAAGAACAUUUAUCUUUUUUUACUGUAAUGAAAUAGGGCUUAUUUCAUAUUUUGUAAAAAUUCUUAAGCAGCAUUUUCAUCAAUGUAAAUUUAUUUACUGUGUUAAAAAUUUUUAAUGAUAGAACCUUUACUCUCAGGGAUGGGUAAUAAAACAGCAAAGUUCACUGUGAUUGGGCUUGGAAGAUUUUGAAUUAUGUUCUGGCCAAGGUUCGUGGAUUUUUUUUUUUGGUAGGUUGAUGUUUUUCUUCAUGUAGAUUUAAAUAAUUUCUUUAAAAGCUGCAAGCUUUUGUAUUAACUAAAUAACACCUUUCACUGUGCAAUGUCAAGAAAAAGACUUCCUAAAUUAGGUACUGUCUUUAUCUUGAAGGAGAAAAUUAUUUCAAAUGUGGCUUUUUGUAGCAAGACUAACCUAAACCAGCAGUAAAUAAAUAAUGUCCUUUUAAAAUAAUUCUGCCAUAAAAUACUGGAAUGGGAACCUGUGCUAAAAGGAAUGGCUUCCCUUUGGAUUAUGGGAAGUGUCUUGUGUGUGAUGUUGGUGUGUCUGUGUACAUACAUACAUAUAUAUAUAUAUAAUUUUUUUAAUAUAGGGUAGCAAGGGUCUUUUACCGUUUUAAGUUCAGGGAACUGUGUCCUGGCCCCACAUGUUGUCAGUAUGAUGUUUUGUGAAGCUUUAGAAAUAAACUGAUGUCUCAUUCAAUAAUAAAAUUCAGACAUGACACUAUGUUAUUUUAAUAUUUUCAAAUAAAAAAUCGGGGGGGUAUACACUUUUGCACCAACACUAAGUUGUGCCUUGUACAUUUGCACUGGCUAUACAUGCAAAGGAUUAUUAAGUUAGCUACAAUGAGGUAGAUGCCUUUAUUACUAUAAAGCUCUACCUUGCAAAUGCUAUGGAAUGACUUGCAUUUUAAAGUAUAUUUGCACAUUUACAUAUGCUAUAUGGUUGCCUUAGGGUUCUUUGUACAGAUUGUUUUUUUCAUAUUAAAUGGAAAUCGUAGGCCUAAAACAUGCUGUUCUUAUGUGAAGUAAAUUGAUAUAACCUAGUAUUGUGUAUAUUCUGUAUAUGCUUCUUUAUUUUGGGGUCUUCUGUAUAGGAAAAAAUAUUAUCUACAUUGAUUAGAUACAAAAAAUAACUUAAAACUAUUAAAUCUGUUUGAGUUUCUGCUU